AGAGAAACAUCAAUGUGAAAGAAAAACUGGUAGCUCACCCAUUCCUGGCACCUCUGACACUUCUGCCCAUUUCCUGUCCUCGCAGGUUCGGGGCGCCCGCCCCCCACUAGGCCAAGUGAAGGGGGUGUCCCCGCCUAAUGGGCCUGGCCGAGGCCCUGCGCCGCCUGAGCGGCGCCCUGGAGUCGGGGGCCAGCGGGGCGGGCGAUGAGGAGGCCGGGCCUGCGCUGUGCGACGGCCACUGCAACGUGCGCUUCGUGAACCUGGGGGGCCAGGGCGCGCGCUACCUGAGCGACCUGUUCACCACGUGCGUGGACGUGCGCUGGCGCUGGAUGUGCCUGCUCUUCUCCUGCUCCUUCCUCGCCUCCUGGCUGCUCUUCGGCCUGGCGUUCUGGCUCAUCGCCUCGCUGCACGGCGACCUGGCCGCNCCGCCGCCCGCCGCGCCCUGCUUCUCGCACGUGGCCAGCUUCCUGGCCGCCUUCCUGUUCGCGCUGGAGACGCAGACGUCCAUCGGCUACGGCGUGCGCAGCGUCACGGAGGAGUGCCCGGCCGCCGUGGCCGCCGUGGUGCUGCAGUGCAUCGCCGGCUGCGUGCUCGACGCCUUCGUCGUGGGCGCCGUCAUGGCCAAGAUGGCCAAGCCCAAGAAGCGCAACGAGACGCUCAUCUUCAGCGAGAACGCCGUCGUGGCGCUGCGCGACCGCCGCCUCUGCCUCAUGUGGCGCGUGGGAAACCUGCGCCGCAGCCACCUGGUCGAGGCCCACGUGCGGGCGCAGCUGUUGCAGCCUCGUGUGACUCCGGAAGGUGAGUACAUACCACUGGACCACCAGGAUGUGGACGUGGGCUUUGACAGUGGCACUGAUCGCAUCUUCCUUGUGUCUCCCAUCACCAUCGUGCACGAGAUUGACUCCUCCAGUCCACUCUAUGAACUAGGACGUGCCGAGCUGGCCCAGGCCGACUUUGAGCUAGUGGUCAUUCUGGAGGGCAUGGUUGAGGCCACGGCUAUGACCACACAGUGUCGCUCUUCCUAUCUCCCUGGUGAGCUGCUCUGGGGCCAUCGUUUUGAGCCAGUCCUCUUCCAGCGUGGCUCCCAGUAUGAGGUCGACUAUCGCCACUUCCAUCGCACUUAUGAGGUCCCAGGGACACCAGUCUGCAGCGCCAAGGAGCUGGAUGAACGGGCACAGCAGGAUUCCCACAGCCCCAAGUCUAGCUUCCCUGGCUCUCUGACUGCAUUUUGUUAUGAGAAUGAACUUGCUCUGAGCUUCUGUCAGGAGGAAGAGGAAGCCAAGGAGGGGGAGGAGGAGGAGGCAGAAGAUGGGGCCACCAGCCCCCGAAUACUCACACCAACCCUGGCGCUGACCUUGCCCCCAUGAUGCCAGCUGGUGUCCCCCAUGUGCAUCCCCUUCCCAGAGGCAGCAAGAUGGAAAGAUCGGGCCCUCUCCUGGGAUGGAGCCAAGUGUUCCCCAAGACCAACAGGCCUGCUGGAUACAUUAUUAGCUGGUGAAGUUCUGCCAUGCCUAUGGACCCACCAUGGACAUACUGGAUUUUAAUUCCUCUGCAUUGCGUGCUCCCUCCUGAGACCCCUUUAUCAGCCUGAUUCCUGAGUCUCACCAGAGCUAAGAGAUUCAGGAUUCUGGACCACCCAAGAGGCAAGGGCAGGUGGUUCUAGAUUCUUCAUGGGGCUGGCUUGGGUUGUUGAGCAGGGUCAGGAAUCAAUGGUAUAGACUGCCUCUGGGGGAGGAAGUCAGCAGCUCUCAAGCAGCAAGAGAGGUCAAGAGUUUAUAGGUCUGGAUUGAUCUAAGAUUCAAGGGACUGUUGUUUCUUUACUCAGCCAACCAAGUAGCAAGUCAUUUUUUCUAGAGCACCUAAGGAGGGAAAGUUAUGGAAUGCCCUAAAAAUUCAGUACUCUCUUGAUUAACCAAAGACAAGGAAUGUUGAUUGCAAGUCAAGAAAAGACCUGUGGUUCCAGAAAGCCCAUGUUUUGAGAUUCUGUGAAUCUAGAUUCACCACAGAGACAAGUACUGAUGGUUCUUGAAUGGAUUUCACCUAGAUGGCAGAACUACUCCAGAACCCAACGAGUUGCGUUUCUAGAAUGCACAAAACAAUGGAGACUCUGGGUAUAAAAGGACUAAAGUGACAGAUUGGGAGUUCUUGAUAUUAAAUAACUCCAGGCCACUGGCUGUAGAACAUCGAAGCAAGGGGAUAAUCAGUGCUUCUAAAUGAUCCACAGGUUGUUUUUUAAGUGCCAUUCUAGAAUGUCCAAAGGAAUCAAGAUUCUGUGGCUCUAGAUUGAUCACAGAGUCAAGGAAGGAGUGUUGAUUCUAGAUGACUUCCUUGUGGUUCUGUAAUGCCAAAAGGAACCAAGGCUUCAGGGAUCAAGAGUUGCCCAUUAUCAAAGCCUGGAAGUUCUAAGCUCCUAGAAUGUGGCAGUUCUAGGAGGUGGACUCAGGAUUUGAUAGGCAGCAUUUCUGGGCUGACCUAGAAGGUGGACCCAGAUAAGACCCUGCGAAUAACAGGGCUAGUUAUUGGCCAAGGGAAGUAGAGGCCCAAGGCGGGUGAGUCUGCAAUGCUCUGGAAUCCUACACCUAGUGAUGUCUAUCUAUUUCUUAAAGAUGUUAUACAUAUGUGUAUUAUAUAUCAUAUAAAUA